AAUCACUUUUCAAAAUAUAGACUAAACUCAUUGUCUCAUAUGCAACCAUUCACGGUCAUCUUAGUUAUUGGAGCAGUCAUCUUAUCUUGCGGUCCUCGGUUCUCUGCCACUGCGCCUGCCCCCUACUCAAUACGCUAUAACACUCAAGAUGGUGUAAAACUAAUCUCCAUUGAAGAGGGUAUUUGCCAAAUUCUUCCAAAUGAAGCACAUUCAUUUAUCAAUACUACGCCCGACAUCAUCUUAGCUUUUUUGGACUCUGCUUGUCGAGGUCAGCCAUUUCCUGUCCCGCCAGGAAGGAUACAUCAGGGAACUCCACAAUUCUUUUCUGUGCUGAUGCCAUAAUACACUGGUGAUGACAAAAAGCUUUAUCAAUUUCAAUAAAAAAGGCUUUGAUAGCA